AGAGGCAAGGGGGAUCAAGGAAAGGGGCAGGCAAAAUGGGAAGGAAGUGGGGAUAGGAAUGUAGCUGAUCCAUGUUCUACAGUCUACUUAAGCAUUUAUUUUCCAGAUACCGUACUGUAUUCAGAUAUUUUCCUGAGGCGGCGACAUGAGGUUUGGCACCCUCGAUUUCUGAGCCUGGAAUAAGGAACGAAAACCCCGGGUUGAUGGAGCCACCUGCUGGAAACGAAAGUGCAAGCGCUCCUGAGCGGAACGACUUUUUCAGGAAACAUGGGCCGGCCGGGCAGCUGUGCGGUGCCGGACAGAGCCGCCGCGGAAGGGUAGGACCUGCGGCUCGGCGCGGUUGCGAAACGAUGCAAGGAGCCGGCAGAAGUAAGAUGCCAUCAAAAUGUGGAUUUUGCAAGCGGACAAAAGAGGAAGUAUGCAAUGGAGAAAUGCUCCUUUCUCAAGAUGGUCAACUGGUACUUCACCGCAGAUGUCUGUACCACCAGACUCCAAUGGAUACUUCUUUCUCUGCUGGUCAGACACCCAGUUACGGGCUGUUUUCUGCUGUACCCCUGGCAUCCAAAAUGUCCAAGAAUAAUAAUCUCUCCAGUAAAACAGUGCAAGCUAUUAAAAAGGAACUGAGGAAAGCUGCUAAAAUGAAAUGCAGUCACUGUCAUCAGUCUGGAGCUGCUGUUAAAUGUGCUGCAACAUACUGUAGGAAGGUCUAUCACUAUCCCUGUGUGAGGAGUGAUAAUGGUGCAGUCAGGGAAAAUGAAUUCCGGGGAGUUUACAGGGUUUGGUGUCAUAAACAUAAAACUGAACAGAAAUUUGUUGAAGACAGCUCCUCUGAAAGUGCUGAAGAUGUUCCAGAUGCUGUUUGCCCUAGAGAAGAAGAGCUGGAACAUCAAGAAGGGCAGAAUGCCUGUGGGCAAAAGGUAGACCCCCAGGGACAUUCUCCUUGCAGCCAGACCGAAAUGCUUAUGAACCAUCAAGCUAAGAACAGCUCCAAGACUUGCUACUUGCAAUAUGCAGCUUCUACCAGCGCAAAGCUUAUUAAAUGUAUUGAUGAAGGAGUUGACAGUUUAUAUUAUAGAAGCCACAGCAGUUAUGAAGAUGAAAGCGACGAGAAAGCUCUUGGAUUAACUUCUGGUAGUUGCUUCCACGACAAUGGAGAUGAAGAAAAUUGCAGUUAUUCAAAAGAUGACCUCAAACAGAAAAUGACAAGCGAAACAAAAGAUGGUUCUAACAACAGGAAUUCCAAUGAAGAGGCAAGUAUCUUUGAAAAAGAUCAUCUGGAGCUCAGAGAUGUGAACACUGAGAAAAGUAAAGAGAGUAGAGCCGAGCUAUUGCAGUCAAAAGAAAAUUCUACCGAGACAGAGGAAAAUGCUCUUCACGUGGACUGUCAUAACCUAGAAAAAGCAGAAUUAUUUUGGAACAAAGUGCAAGCUUCUGGGAGUGUAGAGCUUGUCUUUGAGCAACUCAGUAAUGUGUUAAACUGUCUGAAAAACAAAAUCGUCAGUGGUUCAGCAAACAAUCAAGAAUAUUUGAAGGCUUUCAAUUUGCUCAGUGAAGCCGGAAUCUACAUUUGUUUUUCACCUGAUGUACCAGUUAUGGAAAAUGAAGGAAAGCAGGUUAACUGUGAAGAGCGGUCAGAAAAUGUGACAGUUUCUGAGGAAAUGGAAGCAGAAUCAGUAUCAGACAGUGCCCUGUUUUCGCGAACAUCAGUAAUUAAAAGCCUGGCACCGUCGGCUAUCUGUCCACCUGCAAAUGACUUCCAUCACACUAGUCUUCCUGAUCCGAAAAUAUUUCAUCAACAUAAGUGCAGUAGAAUGUGUAUUGCAGGAGUAAUGCCUCCAACUUCUGAUAAUUUUAAAGGGGAAAAUCCGCUGAAAAUUCCCAUACUUUGCCAGUUUCAAAGAAGACAUGCAAAAUUGCACUGGAAUACUGAGAUCUUGGAGCCUCCACAUGUCUCCUAUAAAGCUCCUUGUGGGAGAAGUUUGCGUAAUUUCAAAGAGGUGCGCAGUUACAUUUUUGAAACCCAGAGUGACUUUCUUUUAUUGGAUUUUUUCUCUUUCAAUACGUAUGUUCAGCUUUCAAGAACGUUUCCUUCCAAGAGUCCAAUGGUUUACAAAGCUGACAUAAGCCAUGGAAUAGAAGCUGUUCCAAUUCCUCUGCACAAUGCAAUUGACUUAACUGCACCAGAGCAUUUUAAAUACAGAAAAGUACGGUUGCCUUAUGGAUAUCUCAUUAGCAAUUCAGCAGAGAUGUUACAACAGAAAUGCAACUGCACAGAUGGUUGUAGUGACAAAUCUAGGUGUGCAUGUCAAAAGCUGACAGCAAAAGUCAACAAAAGAUUUGGCAAAACUUCUGGGUACGAAUACAAACGACUUCUGCAAUGUGCACCUUCUGGGCUUUAUGAAUGUAACAAAUGGUGCAAGUGCAACAAGAGGUUGUGUGAAAACAGAGUUGUACAGCAGGGCCUCACAAUUCGAUUGCAACUAUUCAAAACACACAAAAGAGGCUGGGGAGUCCGCUGUAUGGAUGAUGUUGAUAAAGGAACAUUUGUAUGCAGUUACGCAGGUAGAAUACUAAGAAUUGCCAAUGAUAUGGAGAGCCAAAAUGAUGAUAAAACCAUUAAUUUUAACGCUACUGAUUUGUGUAGCAGCAAAACAAAAAAUACUUGCAACACAAGGGAAACAAAAGAAUCCAAUUCAGAAACUGAACAUAAGUUAUUAGAAGAAAUGGAAGAGAUAAAAGCAAGUUUGAAGAAGGAAGAAACAACCUCAUUUGUUAAAACAUCACCUUUAAUAACCCAAAAAGGAUGUACAGAAUUUUUUGGAAGAGAAAAACCUGGAUUUAAAAAGUUUGAUUUGCAUAACCCUGGAUCAUCAUCAGUUGAGCGGCCCAAAACAAAGACAGCCCUCCUGCAGGCUCAACGGAGGAAACUUCAGCAACAGGGUCAUAUUUUGGAAACGCACAGUAGUUCAGAGGAGGAUGAAAGUGACUCAUUAGCAGAGCGACCCAAAAGACACUGCAGAUCAUUUCAACAUUCUUCACCAAGGAAACACAAGACUCUGUCUGAUAAUCAACCAAUCAACAGUUGUAAAGGAGCCUCAGGUAAAAGGAGCAGAGUUGGUUGUGGAAGAAACUCUUCUACCCCUCUGAGUCAAAAUAUUUUUGAGCGUGCAUUGUUAACUCAACAGGAAAUAGAUAAACAAGAAAAUAAUACAAACAAUGAAAAUGCAAAUACACAAAAAGAAUUGAUUCCAGAUAACAGUCACAAUGAACAGAUGUCAAAAUUACACCUGUUUUGUAAAGGUGAUGAUCAAGGAGAUUGUUAUUUCCUGGAUGCCACAGAAGAAGGAAACAUUGGGCGUUUUCUUAAUCAUAGCUGUGAUCCAAAUCUCAUGGUGCAAAGUGUUUUUGUAGAUACUCACGACAAGAAUUUCCCUUGGGUGGCAUUUUUUACUAAUAGGUAUGUUAAAGCAGGAUCCGAAUUGACAUGGGACUACAAUUAUUUGGUAGGAACCACACCGGAAGAAGAAAUUCCAUGUUUUUGUGGAUCUAUCAAAUGCAAAAAUAUUAUAGUGUGAUGCCAUCAUCCAGCUCAUUUUUAUGGAGUUGGGAAAUGAAGAUAUAAUUCUCUUAAGUUUUUGAGCAAAAGGUAUCUACAUUCACUGGAACCAGAAUAAUCUCCUACGUCAGAAUUCUGCAGACCUCACCAUUUUCUUAAAUCUUAGUUGGACAAUUAAUUGUACUUCUGUAUUGUCCUGCACCAGGGCUUUAUUUUUGAAUUUGAAUGUGGAAGUUAAAUUGAUCUUGUGAUUAUGAUAAAGACUUUUGUAACUUUCAAGCCUGUGCACUGAAAGAUGGGUUUUCUGUGAGAGACUAAAGAACUGCAAGGUAAUUGUACUCAAUGUUACACAGUAGGCUUCAAUUUUGAUUUCUGUUUGGAGAUGUUACCCGAUUUAAAUUGUUUGUUUUGUCAUUCCUGAGUGUUAUUCAUUUGAUGAUAAAAGAAACUGCUUGGAGAUGGGGGAGGGAUAGGUCCUGGGGUAAGAACUAUGUAAUCCUUACACCACAGUCUAAUAACACAGUGCCAAUCACUGAUUUACAAAAAAAAGCCUAACCCUUUUGGUAAAGUGUAUGCAUUUUUCUUAUUUAUGGGAUCAGAACUAGGAAGAGGACAAGAGAAGAUGGACAAAUGAAGUUGUUAUUAAAAUUAUUAAUGUUAAAUCAAAUGUAAAUGAAAAUAGAAAAAGCUACCGAUGCUGAUAAUCUGAAAUAAAAAAAGAAAAUGCUGGAAAUUCUCAACAGGUCAGGCAACUUCAGUGGAGAGGGUAAUGCACUAAAGAGUUUCUGUCUGUUUCUCUUUCCCAAUUUAAAUAGAAGUCAGAAAAAAUAGAGUGCCUUCAGCACAUUCAACUCAAGUCGAUUGUAUAUUCUGUUUAUAAGGCCGUAAUGCACCAUUGAUGGAGGUUGCAGGUUUUCCAGGCAAACGUGGGAUCAACCAUCCACCAUGAAUCCUCUUAUACAGUUGUUUUGCUGGUUUGUGGGUCUUGUCCCAUUUGAGUGCAGGAAAGCUGUGAAAGCAAGUUUCACUUUGCUGUAGGACCAUAAGAUAUAGUAGCAGAAUUAGGCUAUUUGACCCAUCAAAUCUGCUCCACCUUCAUCAUGGUAUUCAGCCCCACUGUCCUGCCUUCUCUCCACAUCCCUUCAUCGUCUGUCUCAUCAAGAAUCUAUCAACCUCGGCCUUAAAUAUAACCCAUGACUUGGCCUCUACAGAUAUCUGUAGUAACGAAUUACUCAGAUUCACUGCUCUUUUGCUAAAGAAAUUCCUCCUCAUCCCAUUAUAAAUGGACAUCCCUCUCUUCCCAGGCUGUGUCCUCUGGUCUUCCCCUCACCAUAGGAAACACAUCCACUCUAUCGAGGUUUUUCAACAUUCAAUAGCUUUCAAUGAGAUCCCCUCUCAUUCUUCUGAAUUCCAGUGCGUAAAGGCUCAGAGCAAUCAAACGCUCCUCAUAUGCUAAGCCUUUCAAUCCCAGAAUCAAUUUUAUGAACCUUCUUUUAAUCCUCUCCAAUGUCAGCACAUCCUUCCUUAAAUAAGGGUAACAAAACUCCUCACACUACUCCAAGUGAGUCCUCACCAGUGACUUGUGCAGUGGCUUCUCUGUAAUGUUCAUUGCUGAGGUAACGGUUUCUCUGUAGCAGCAAUGUUUGGGUUACGGCUGGAGAUAACAGGACUAUGGUAUGCAUGUUAGCCAAUCAGAGAUUGUUGCUCUGUCUUGUGAAUCUGGAAGGAGCUUUUUUGCAGUCUUUGCUCAAGAGAGAUGAAGAGGGAAGACUCGUGUGGAGAAGCUGGUAGACCACCGGACGGUGUGGACUGGGCUCUGAGGGUCCGAAGGUCGACGAUGUUCGGAGGAGACCGAUGGUGGAAGAAUGACUACUGAGGGAGCUCCAACAUUCAAUAGAGCUAGCCAGUGGAAAGGAAUGCUAUAUUUGUCAGCACUGCUAUAUCUAAGGAAUGAAUCAAUAUAAUUUUCAUUACCUUGAUGAAGGAUCUGGCCCUGAAGUGUUGACUAUUUAUUCCUCUCCAUAGAUACUGCAUGGCCUGCUGAGCAAUGUCCCCUCAAAGGUAUACAUGACUUUGACUUGACUUGGGCCCUUUUUCUUUUUUUUUUUUGUUUGUCUUCAUUACUAACCCUAUAUUCAGAUUAAGAUUCAUAAGGUUCAGUCAUUUAUUUACAUAUGGUGUACUGUCUGACAUUUUGCGUUGUGGGUUUGUAACUGGGGGUACAUUACACAACAUCCACACAAACGUGAUUACCCAGUUUGGCGGGGCUGAAGGCUGUUUCCCCUAGACGAAUGCGAGCUGGGCAAGCCUGAGGGUUACACUUAAAGCCUCAACUUUACAUCCUUGCUUUUAUAUCCUAGUCCUGUGGAAAUGAAUGCUGACAUGGCAUUUGCCUCCCUCACCUCUGACUCAGCCUGCAAAUUAACCUUUAGGGAAUCCUGCACAAGGACCCCCCCCCCCCCCCCCAAGUUCCUUAAAAUUUUUGAAUUUUCUCUCCAUUUUGAAAAUAGUCUACAGCUUUAUUUCUUCUACCGAAGUGCAUGACCACACACUUCCUGACACUGUAUUCCAACUGCCAGUUCUUUGUCCAUUUGCCUAAUCUGUGUGUCUUAACUUGCUAAGCGGUCUCAUGUGUGGCAAUUUGUCAGAGGCCUUCUGAAAAUCCAAGUGUAUAUCAUCCACUGGUUCUCCUUUGUCUACCCUGUUGGUUAUUUCUUCAAGGAAUUCCGACAGAUUUAUCAGGCAAGGUUUUCCCUUAAGGAAAGACUACAGCCUAUUUUAUCAUAUGCCUCCAAGUACUCCAAACCUCAUCCUUAACAAUAGACUCUAACAUCUUCCCAACCACAACAAGGGUAUGACUAACUGGCUUAUAAUUUACUUUUUUUUCUGCCUCUCUCCAUUCUUGAAGAGUGGAGUGACAUCUGUGGUUUUCAAGUCCUCCGGAAAAAUGCCAGAAUCCAUUGAUUCUUGAAAGAACAUUGGUAAUGCCUCCACAAUCUCUUCAGCGGCUUCUUUCAGAAUCCUGGGGUGGAGUCUAUCCAGUCCAGGUGACUGAUCUUACAGUACCUUCAGACCUUUCAGUUUCCAAAGCACCUCCUCCCUAGUAAUGGCAACUUCACACACUUCUGCCCCCGACGUGCUCGAAUUUCUGGCAUACUACUAGUGUUUUCCACAGUGAAGACUGGCGCAAAAUACUUACUCAGUAAGUCUGUCAUUUUCAUAUCCCCCAUUACUACCUCUCUAGCAUUAUUUUCCAGUGAUCCAAUAUCUACUCUCACCUCUUUUUUUUUUACACUUUGUAUCUGAAAAAACUUUUCUAUCCUUUUUAAUAUUAUUAGCUAGCUUACCUUCGUAUUCCAUCUUUUCCUUCUUUAUGACUUUUGUAUUUGCCUUCUGUUUCUUUUUAACAGCUUCCCAAUCCUCUAACCCCAGUAAUUUUUGCUCUAUAAUAUAUACUGUCUUGGGUUUUAUGUUGGCUUGACUUCUCUUGGAAGCCCAUGGUCAUGUCAUCUUGCUUUUAGAAUACUUCUUCCUUGGGAUGUAUCUAUUCUGUGCCUCCUAAAUUUCUCUCAGGAGCUUCAGCCAUUGCUACUCUGCCAUCAUCCCUGCCAGUGUUCCCUUCCAGUUAAUUUUGGCCUGAUCCUCUUUCGUGCCUCUGUAAUUCCCUUUACUCUUCUUUAAACUGAUACACCUGAUUUUAGCUUCUUCUUAAAUUGCAGGGUGAAUCAAAUCAUUGUGAUUGCUGGUCCUGAAGGGCUCCUGCACCUUAAGCCCUCUAAUCAAUUCCCGUUCAUUGCACAACACCCAAUCCAGAUUAACUGAUUCCCUAGUGCUGUAUCACUUUGGUUUUGAGCUACCAGCUUCAAACCCAAAGAAAAUAUCAAUAAAAAAUCCAGUCUUGAAAUGGCAGAUAUUGCAAAAGAUGAUUGUUUGUGUGAGUCUUGAUGCCUCAUUUUUGAUUGUAAUUGAUUAAUGCAAAGCAUAUCAAUUUAAAAUAUGUAUAGAUAUAAAUUUAAAAGUAAAGGCAAAUCUCAGUCAUGUAUUUUGACUAACUGAAUGAAUUGGAAAGUUGUUUUAUUAAAUCAGAUAACUGUAUUUUGUUUAUUAUGCAUAGUGUUAACUCUUAAAUGUUAAAAGAUUGUGUACUGAAUUUUAUUUUACAUUUGAUUAAUGCAAUUGCUUUUUCUUAUUUCCAGAAUUAAAUUAAGUGCUUUGUAAAAUGAGUAUAAUUUUAAAAACUUAUGUUGCAGUGUAGAUGUACAAAAUUUAUAGAUUUAAACUUCAUACGGAUGUUACACUUUACUAAACCUUUCUUAAAGUUACAAAGCUUGGUGCUUUAUAAGCAAAGAAUUUCUAUAAAGGUAAAUAGCCUUGAGGUGUUCUGACUAUGUGAAAUGCAUAAAUUAUUUUCCUAACUUGUUAAUUGCAACUUCUGAGUUGUUUUUCAGAGAACCUGGAUGCAAAGUGUGGUCACAACAAUAUUCCAGAAACUCUGACAUGAAAUAUUGUUACGAAUUUUACUAUUUCCUAUUAUCUGCCUCUUCUACUAAAUUAUUCAGUAAACUGGAGAGAAAUAAAAUACGGUGUGAGCAAAGAUUUUUGCAGUCAUUGGACUAACUUCUGUCUCCAUUUUAUAUCCCUUCCUGCACUAUUUCCAUAAUUAUUUUAUACAUUUUUAUUUGUCAACUUUCAUCUUAAUUUUGACUGUCCUUUGUUUCAGACAUUUGUGUGAGAAUGUAAACAAAUUCAGUUGAAUUGUUUAACCUUGUGCAAUCAAAGAUCCAUCUGCACAAAUUGCAGACUAUUUCAGCUGUGAAUUCUAUCCCUUUUUGCUCUUUUUUUAGAGCAAAAAGUUUUCUUUCAAACAGGCUGAUAGACAUUUUAACUACACUGAAAUCAUUUUGUGGCCAGUACAAUGUAGCUCAUGAUAACACUGCAUGUUGAGAUACGCCUUCUGUAAGUCUUUGUUGUAUUUGCCUUGACUGUCAUAAGUUCUCUGGCUAUGAUUGAUUUAGGAAUGUAAAGCUUAUUUGAAGGGUUAAAGGUAAGUCAGAUACGUGUUCACAGUGACUAUACUAUUGGAGCUGCUAAAGAGAGUUAUUGCCUUAAUGGUAGGGAUGUUGGUUUUGGUAAAAACAUGCAUCUUCUCAGAGUAGAGGAUUCAAUGGAAGCAUCAUUUCAGAGUCCCUUCCUAAGGUCUACAACUUAUGUGAAUGAAUCAUUCAAUUUUCACAUCUGUUCAGCCAUGGGUGGUCCCAAGCCCGGUUGCACAAGGAUCUGUUAAGUGUUUACAGGACUACUUUUUUAAAUUUCAGAUCUCCGGCGUUGUCUGAUUAAUGGUCUUUAUGUAUGUAACAUACUGUUAUCAGAGCAUAAAUCUGCAUUUCACCUGAAAACAUAAGCUUGGCACAAUUGUCCACAUUCACUUCAUGAUGACUGUGCUGCAGCAAUGUGACUGUGGACACUGGCCUUUAGUUCCUCAUUGUGACAUCUGCUCACUAACUGCAUCUUCUAGACUUGCAUUAUGAAGUUGUGAGAUGACCCAAGGGUCAAUGGCAGUGUUCAAAGUAAAUUUAUUAUCGAAGUAUGUGUCACCAUAUACUACCUUGAGAUUUAUUCUCUUGCAGGCAUUUCAAGAUAGUGCCUGUCAACAUUUCUGGAUAGAUCACAAAGCCAUAUAUUUCACUUUGUAUG